AUGUCGUCAGAGCGAUCACGUUGCACAGGAACACCUGCUGCAGAAGAAAAGAUUCUACAAGGAAUCAAACCUGAAUUUAAUAACAGAAAUGGCUCUCUGGAUAUCCUGAUAGCGGACACACCUAUCCUCGACUACUAUCGCGCCACGGACCAUGGAUGCAAACUCCAGAAGAUCGGCGACGCCAUUAAUGAAGAUACGUAUGCUGUUGGCAUGACCAAGGGUUUCCCUCUGAAGGACAGCAUAUCGGCGGUGAUCUCCAAGUAUUCAAACAACGGCUACAUGGACAUCCUGCAGGAGAAGUGGUACGGAGCAUUGCCCUGUUUCAAGCUAGCUACCGAUAUGGCGCAGCCUCGGCCGCUGGGCGUCGCUGCCGUCGCAGGUGUGUUCAUCCUGCUGGGCGUGGGCAUGGCGCUGGGGCUGGUGAUCCUGCUGGUGGAGCACCUGUUCUACCGCUACACGCUGCCGAUCCUCCGACACAAGCCCAAGGGCACCAUCUGGCGCAGCCGCAACAUCAUGUUCUUCAGCCAGAAGCUGUACCGGUUCAUCAACUGCGUGGAACUAGUGUCUCCCCAUCAUGCGGCCCGCGAGUUGGUACACACGCUGCGACAAGGACAGAUCACCAGCCUCUUCCAGAAGAGCGUUAAAAGGAAGGAACACGAGCAACGCCGACGCCGAAAGAGCAAAGCCCAGUUCUUCGAGAUGAUCCAGGAGAUACGCAGGUAA